AUGAGUGGUCUCGCCGAUCCUCCACCUCGAAACACCUUUACUGCCGUUGCUCUAGAUGCGCCAGGCAAGGCACGAAAGCUUCCCGUCCUCUCAUCCUCAACUUCACCACCCACUCAAUUGACGGGUGAUUCUAUGGAGGUCACUCCAUCAGCCUCGGCGACAACAGGUCUUGCGCCGCCCGCCCAUAGCAGCCCUGACAGCGAUCGGGCGGGCGCAAACACCAGCACCGCUUCCAAUGGAUCAAUGGAAACUGGAAACAUGAACAAUACAUUAGCGCCUAAUCACGCUAUUGGCGCUGCAGCUGCAGCGCAGCAACCAAAAGUCGUGCAGACUGCCUUCAUCCAUAAGUUGUACAAGUAUAUAGCUAGCCUUGUCGCUAAUGUUGAGGUUAUUCUCACAGUGAGCGAUGUCUUCCAUACCGGAUCUCCAGACUCGGCACUAUGGGAGUUCAAACACGGCAAUGGGAACUUCAAACGCGGCGACUUAGUUGGCCUACGGGAAAUCAAACGCCGCGCGUCGCGACAUGCUCUAAUUCAUCGCGACUCAUUCCCUGGUCAUAAAACCGCAGUCUCUCAACCUGGCACACCGGCCGAGUCUGUUCCUGACGCGACUGAAGCGCGGUUGCUCAACCUAGAGCAUUCGCUAUACGAUAUGCAUGCCCGUCUGAAUCGUGCUGAAGAGGGGCAUUCAGCUCUCAACUCAAGAUGUCAAGCUAUGGUAGAAAGUUUGGCGAAGUGUUAUCAUUGGACUCACUCAAUUUCGCACUUUUUGCAAGGAAUGAUUCCUGAUCGGGAUAGUCCCCUGUAUCGAGAUGUUUCCAGUAUGCAAAAGGAGAUAGAGAAACAUCUUGAGGGUGUGAGAGCUCUCGAAAACCCCCCGGACACAUAUUUGUCUGUCAGACCACCCUUUUUCGCCAGUGUGUCUGCUGAUCCUGGACUGCCUCUUUCCCCUCGUCAAAUACCCCAAGACGAGAGUCGCCGGCCAUCGAUGAUGGAACCGUCCAGGUCUGGAAUGAUACGUCCUCCCGUUCCCCCGCAUCUCGCUGUUUCUCCUCGCCGAUAUGGCUCCAUCGGAGGUGGGAACCCGUCGCCCAAUUAUAGCCGGCCGCAAGUUCCCUCUGUCGUUCAACCCCAGCAGCCGAUGCCUCACCCUCUCUCUUCGGUGUCCUCUCCACCAGGACCCAGUCUUGCGCGUCGUCACACUUCGGCAGACAUCCGUCAGCACGGCUGGCCACCACCAAACGACUCCCAAUAUCCCCCCGCCAAUGCGCACGGGGCAUCAGCGGUACCAUGGCCAUCGUCGCCUCACCGGACCCCGACUUCCAGUGAGCAACAAGUUCGAGAGGUGCUGGCACAGUAUGAGAUGGGAGUCCCACGACGAUUUCAGAGCAACUCACGCCAUGCCACGCCACCAUCGAACCCAGAUCAGUCAUCAUCAACCCUCAGCGUCGACAACGGCUGGACGUACGGAAGCUCGAGAUUUUCUCGACAUGAGUCUUCACUUCCUGCCACUCGAAGAUCAAGCAUGGCCAGCAACGUACACUCGCUCUUGAACCCCGCUGACACCGCAGAACGUCCGGAUGAGGAUCACCAUAUCACUCUCGAGGAUCGAAAACGAAAGCGAUUAGAAUAA